AUGCUAAGAACUCAUUGUUUAUCUAAACCUAUUAAUCUAUCUCGUGGAUUAGCCACCCAGGUAUCCAAUGCUACUUUUGCUAAACAUACUAAAUUAAAUAAUGGUAUAUCUGUCUAUACAAAUUCUCAACCAACUGAAAAUAAUAACUAUAGUAAUAACAGCACCGUUACUUUGUUAGUCAGAAACUCAGGAGUCACUUCUGAAAAUCCUUACAACAACGGUGUCUCCCAUGUCUGGUCCCAUUACUAUCAAAAUGAUCCAACUUUAAAUAAAUGGGCUAACUCAAAUGGUGCCAUCUUAUCUUCCAAUAUAAACCGUGACUAUCAGACCUUCUCCUUGAAUGGUCAAAUCCCUCUAAAAGAAUCCUUACAAUUCCUAAAUUCAAAUCUUUUAAAUUUACAAACUAAUAAAUUAGAGUCACACAAUUUAUCUAAGGUAAAACAACAAGUCAUGGACAAGAUCUCUUAUCAAGAAAACAAACAACAGGAUAAAGCUGUUAUCGAACAUCUUUAUUCCACUGCUUUCCAAAAUACUCCCUUGAGUUUACCACUUCUAGGUACCUUAGAUACCGUCUCAGACUUAACCAAAGACGAUUUAGUCAAAUUUGCCAAGGAAAGAUAUGACAACACUGACAACUUAUCCAUCCUAGUUUCUGGUACACAAGUCGCUAAUCAGUCUCACGAAGCUAUAGUGGAAGCUGUCGACCAAGUACUAUCCUCUGUCUCUACAAAGGGUAAGACCACCGAUGGCUCCUCUUUGGCAAAAUCUAGCUUCAUUGGUAGUGAAGUCAGAUUGAGAGAUGAUACUUUACCACAUGCAUGGAUCUCUAUAGCUGUGGAAAGUGAAGCUGUUGGUAGCCCAGACCAGUUGACCUCCGAAGUGGCUGCUGCCAUCUUUGGUCAAUACAACGCCUUCGAACCAAGAUCCAGAUUACAAGGCAUUAAAGUCCUGGAUACUUUGCAAGAAUAUGGUUUGUGUGAUAGCUUCAAACAUUUCCAAUUGUCUCAUAGAGACUCUGGUUUGUGGGGGAUGGUCACUUGUACUUCUAACGUUUCCGGUAUCGAUGAUUUGAUCCAUUUCAUUUUGAAACAAUGGAACAGAUUAUCCAUCUCUAUCACAGAGACUGAGUUGGAAAGAGGCAAAGCCAUGUUGAAACUGUCUUUAGCUGAAAAAUAUGCUGGUGCUGCCAACUGGGCCGAUUUCCUUGUCAGUUACCCACAAUAUAAGUCUCUUGACGAAAUCUUCGUUGAGAUCGAUAAGGUUACUGUCAAAGAUUUGAAACAUUGGGCUAAUAAGAGACUAUGGGAUCAAGAUAUUGCUAUUGCUGGUAUGGGUCAAAUCGAAGAUUUAUUAGAUUACAUGAGAAUGAGGAAUGACAUGUCUAUGAUGAGAUGGUGA